UAUCUAAUAAAUACAUAUACCGGCUUAAAUACAUAGCGCACAUCACCUUCCGGCAAAAUAAUCAAGCACACGCCGCUGUACUAUACACGGUUACAGCAGUUUGCUGCUGUAAUAUCGCGACAAAGAUGGCAGCGAGUGUAAACGGUGUUUUUCGCAAAGAACUGCAAAAUGCAAUAUUAGAAAGCAAAGUUUUGGUGGUCGGUGCCGGUGGCAUUGGCUGUGAAAUACUCAAAAAUCUUGUUAUGUCUGGAUUCAAGUACAUCGAAAUAAUUGACUUGGAUACGAUCGAUGUUAGUAAUCUUAAUCGACAAUUUCUCUUCCGUAAAGAGCACGUUGGUAAAUCGAAAUCGGCGGUCGCUCGUGAAACCGCUUUGACUUUUAAUCCAGAUGUCGAAAUAAUCUCAUAUCACGAUAGUAUUACGUCUCCUGACUUUGGUCUCUCAUUCUUCAAGAAAUUCACAGUUGUCUUGAAUGCUCUUGAUAAUAGAGCAGCCAGAAAUCAUGUCAAUCGCAUGUGUCUCGCUGCUGAUAUACCACUGGUUGAAUCUGGUACUGCAGGAUACGAAGGUCAGGUUGAACUCAUCAAAAAAGGACUGAGCCAAUGCUACGAAUGCACUCCAAAAGCGGCGCAAAAAACUUUUCCUGGUUGUACAAUUCGUAACACACCUAGCGAACCGAUUCAUUGUAUAGUUUGGUCCAAACAUCUCUUCAAUCAACUGUUUGGAGAAGAAGAUCCUGACCAAGAUGUGUCCCCUGAUACAGCUGACCCAGAAGCAGCAGACAAUGCUGGCGAAGGUGCGUUGAAUUCUGCAGCUGAUGAGAAAGGCAAUGUGACUCGUGUAUCAACGAGACUCUGGGCUCAGUCCUGUGGCUACGAUCCAGAAAAGUUAUUCACUAAAUUGUUCCAUGAUGACAUUAAAUAUCUUCUGAGCAUGGAUAAUUUGUGGAAAAAACGACGACCGCCUACACCAUUGAAGUGGACAGGACUCCCCGAUGAAGUCGCCAGCUGUAGCAAAGAUCGAUCUGACGAAUCCGGUCUAAAAGAUCAACAAAGAUGGAGUUUAGCCAAAUGCGGCCAGGUAUUUGCUGAAGCGUUGAAAAAUUUGAAAAAGUCAUUGGAAACUCUUCAGGAGAAAAAUCCACAUGAUCAUUUAGUCUGGGACAAAGAUGACCAAAGCGCAUUGGACUUUGUUGCUGCUUGUUCCAACAUAAGAGCUCACAUUUUUGGAAUUGCCCAGAAAACGAGAUUUGAUAUUAAGUCGAUGGCAGGAAACAUAAUUCCAGCGAUAGCCACAACAAACGCGAUAAUCGCGGGGAUUGUAAUUCUCCACGCUUUUCGUAUACUUGAGAACAAUUUGAAAGCUUGUAGAUCAGUGUAUCUGAGGCUAAAAAUGAAUCAUCGUAAACAAUUAUUGGUACCUGAAAAAUACGUUAAUCCGCCAAAUCCAAAAUGUUACGUUUGUGCUCCAACCCCACAAGCUGUGCUCGCUGUUGAUACGACAAAAAUGACGAUAGCCGAACUCGAUGAGGCAGUUUUAAAGGGCAGAUUAAAUAUGAUUGCACCUGAUGUUAUGGUCGAUGGCAAAGGCAUCGUUCUCAUCAGCAGCGAAGAGGGUGAAACCGAAGGAAAUAAUGAUAAAAUCCUCGAAGACCUUGGUGUCAAGGACGGUACAAUUCUCAAGGUCGAUGAUUUCCAACAAAAUUAUUCGUUAACCGUUACUGUUAUACAUCGUGACAGGCCCGACGCGAGAGACAACAGCCCGGACUUUCUUGUCGUUGCUGAUGAACAGGAUAUCAAACCCAAGGAAGAAGUCGAAGAAAAGAAACCUUCCACUUCUAAUGGCCAGGUAAAUGAUGUCGAUGAUGACGCUGUAAUCAUCGUUGAGUCCGAGUAUUCUCCACAGGCACCAGAAAACUUGGACGGAGUUGCAAAGAAGAGACGAACAAAAUCGCCGACUACGGAGGAUCCCUCGCCAAAGAAGAGAAAGAUGACAACUAUGAGCGAAAUUGACGAUGACAUCUGCAUAGUAGAAAACAACGAGGAUGUACAGUUUUUAAGUAGUACAAACAACGAGACGACGGCGGUCAUCAACAAGAACAGUUCAUAAUUACGCGUUUAUCUUCAUUUUGUAUUCCGUUUUUUUUUUACUACGUUUUCUUCGCACGUUUUCUGUGCACGGUAUGAAAUCCUGAGAAUUUCUCGUCUCUGUCAUUCCUCAUAGGUAUCAUGAAAGACUCAACGAAAAACUCAAUUUUGGUUGAAAAUCUUUUUUUUUUAUAUUUUUGUUCAGUUAGCGAUACUAAAGUAAUGAAUAGAAAUAUCGUUUGCUGUAUAUACGUGCGAAGAAUCAAAUACAAUAUUCAGUGAUUUAAAGUAAUAAACGUUAUGAUGAUAAGCAUAUUAUUUUGGAGUUUGGAGUUUGACAAGGAAUCGAAAACACAGUGUACAAUUAUUUUCAGACAAAAUUCUUUCAAUUAUUGCGUAAUGUUUAUUCUUUAUCGUCAAACAGAUGUUCUGGGUCUCGGUGCUCUACCGUGGGUAUUUCAUAGUAGAAAACGACGGAAAAAAAAUUCGAUGGCCAUCGAAUUACCAAUUGUAACAGAUGAAUGAAUGUUUCAUGUAAUAAAAUUUGAAAAUGGA